AUGCAUGUUGUUGAAACUUUGAAAUCAAUAAUUUCACCGAAAAAUACUCAAGAAACUAUUACAUCUAUUGAUCCGGAAACAUGUGAUAAUAAUAUUCCUAGUAAAACACAAUUAGAUUCAAGUCAUGUUACUACGACAGAAUUGUCCAAGUUUAUGAAUGAGUUUCAUGAAAGAAAUUUAGAAAGUUUAGUAAGCAAUGCUGAUAUUAUUUUUGAAUCAGAAGCAAAAGCAAAUGAAGCAGCAGAUCCAAUAAAUGUAAUUAUGAAUAGAGAAAACGAGACAGUUGUAAGCCAAGCAGCUUUAAACGAUGCAGUUGCACCUUUUAUACCUCUUGUAAUGAAGAUAACUACUUUAACAAAGGAGAUAGCGGACGCUUAUGAGAAUGUUCAAUAUAAUAAAAAAACUUGUGGUGCAUUAUUAACUACAGUCGAAGAUGUAGAAUUUAUGAUUAGAGGAUUGAUAAGGCAAAAAGAGAAGAAUAUUGAGAAAUUUUUCAGUCAAAAUUAUUACAAUUCCUGUUAUAAAUUAAUAAAUUGUUUAAAUCAAAUUAAAAAAUUUUUUAAUGAUAUUUCCCAAUUAUCAGGAUUUAAAAAAUUUGUUUCAAGUAGUAAUAUUAAAGAAACCUUUGAGAAGAUUAUUAAAGACUUUGAUAGUUGUUCAAUUCAUUUAAAAUUGGCUAGAUCCAAUACAAAUGAACAAUUGAUUUCAAUUUUAAGUUCUGAUAUUAUCGAAAUGAAGAAAUUUCUAGACAAUAUUGAAGGUGGUGUUACAUAUAUGAUGAAUCAUACCACCGUUUUACAUGUUCAAAAUAAUAAAAAGAUCUCCGUUAAAGUUAAUAAUAUUGAAGAACAGAAUGACAAAAUUAUUAAACAAAAUAACGAACUCUUAGAAUACAAGGCGGGCAAGGAUAAAUGUGAAUUUAAUUUUACUCCGCUUAACGGGGAAAUGGAUACGAUCCGUUAUCUGAAUGAAACCAAUAAAAAUUUGAAAUUUGAAACUGAAUCUAAUAUUAUUGGGCAAAUUGAAGCUUCGAAAUUGAAAGAUGCCGCGGAACCCAAUAGGCGUAAAGGUAGUAAG